AUGACACAUCCUUUGUUCGUUCCCUUCACGGUGAAAACCAUAACACGAAAUACCACGAAGAAGGAGCCUUUUGAUUUUUGCAACUCGUUGAAGAAGCUGUGCACGCUAAAAUCGGUGGAGAACCUUUUAUACUUUCUCAACCACGUAAAUUUUGAUCACAUAGAGGGAAUAACCGACAUUUCAAUAUUCAAGGAUGGAAUUGAGCCAUUAUGGGAGGAUAAGAGCAAUAUCAAGGGUGGUAAAUGGAUAAUUAAGCUGCGACGAGAAGUUAGCACACGGUUAUUCCAGAAAUUGUUGAUACGGAUGGUCCGUCAGCCCUUUGACAAAAUAGAUGUUAAUGGAAUUGUGAUUAGUUUCAGGAUGAAAAAUGUUAUUUUGGCGGUAUGGACUAAGGAUUCAACUGGAAAGGAUAGUUUUAAAGAUGUCUUGAUGGAGAUCAAAAAAGUUUUGGAUGUAAAAUUUUUCUUGUCGGUAGAAUACAAAGACAACGAUGAAAGCUUGAAGGAUAACUCAUCAUUUAGGAACACGAAGAAUUUGUACGUGCAGUAAAAGUAAAAGUUUGGGAGGUAGAAAUGUUUGAUUUUUGCAGAUGUUUUAUUAAGAAACAAAGUGAGGCAUGAUCAAACAUCGAUUUGAAAUAAAAGUAUUGAGU